AUGACCGGCCAGGACGAUGUCGUCUAUAUCCCAACCAAUGCCAUCUCCGAGCAGCAUCACUACACCCCGCCUACCCCCUCUGUCACCAUUCUCAAAUCAGGGACUGUUCGUGUAGAAGGCCACAGACCCCUCCUCUCCGACAUUCGACUGGAAAAACAUGUGCCAGUCACCACGCGGGAUGGGACAGUUCUCUACAUUGACAUUUACCGACCCGCCAAUGCUCCCUUGGGCACAGUCCCUGCGAUUUUGGCCGCAGGACCAUUUGGUAAAGACGGGGGUCCCAACUUGUGGCAUUUUAACCAGUGGCCCUGGCGCUUCGGAUGUCCUAGAAUCGCGACGUCUGGGUUGGAGAAAUUUGAAGGGCCAGAUCCGGGCUAUUGGUGUUAUCAUGGCUAUGCCAUUGUGCACUCGGACUGUCGGGGAGUGUGGGAAUCACAGGGGGAGGUGGUUACGAUGCCAUGUCAAAAGGAAGGCCAGGACAACUACGACAUGAUCGAAUUCCUAGCGGCCCAGCCAUGGUGCAAUGGGAAGAUCUCCAUGACGGGGAAUAGUUACUUGACCAUGACCCAGUAUUACACUGGCGCAGAGAACCCCCCUCACCUUGCUUGUUUGGCGCCCUGGGAGGGCAUGUGCGAUUUAUAUGAAGAUCAAGUUCGUCGGGGAGGAAUUCCGAACCCCGGGUUUGUGGACGGAACCAUGCGUGGAGACAUUGCCUCUGCGACAGGCAGCAAGGCGAUUGACUACAAUGCCAUGUGCUACAAGUACCCCCUCAAGAAUGCAUUUUGGAAACAGUACCGGCCAGAUGUGACCCAGGUCAAAUGUCCGGUGUACAUGGUCUCAACUUGGACCAAUGCCUUGCAUGUCAAUGGCACCUUUACUGCAUGGCAGGAACUGGGGAGUGAAGAGAAGUGGCUGCGGAUUCACAACUCCCAUGAGUGGCCUGACUACUACAACGAGGAAAGCGUACUGGACCUGCGGCGCUUCUACGACUUUUACUUGAAGGGAAUAAACAACGGUUGGAAUUACACCCCGACAGUUCGAAUGAGCAUUCACAACCCCGGAGGCACCGAUGUUAUCUAUCGACCAGAGCGCCAAUUCCCUCUGAAACGACAGUUGCCAUUGAAACUCUUCCUCGAUUCGACUACCCUUACCAUGCAGGAAAGCCCCGCAAGCGCGCCCAGCACCAUCUCCUACGACGCCCAAACCGGUCAGGUCCAGUUCCGGAUGCCCGUCCUUGCCCCUGUGGAAUUCACCGGCUACAUCAAACUCCGCCUGUGGACGGAAGCCCAAGGCUCGGAUGACAUGGAUAUUUUUGCGACCCUAGCCAAGUACAACCCCACCACCAACCAAGUCCUUGAAAGCCAAUUAGUCGAUGUCGGACGACUCCAAGACAACCCCAUCCAAGAGCAGCAAGAACUCAUCCGUCGACACUCGGCUGAUCCCAAAGACUGCGAGACCUACUUCGACCCCGGCCCGAUGGGCUGUCUCCGCGCGAGUCACCGGGAGUUGGACGAAGACAAGUCAAGUCUCUUCCAUCCCGUACAUACGCAUCAACGGGAGUUGCUGCUGCAAUCGGGGGAGGUUGUUCCCUUGGAUAUUGCUUUCUGGCCAUAUGGCAUGAUCUGUAACCCGGGCGAGGAGUUGCGGCUGACUGUAUCGGGGGUGCAUCUCAAGGAACAUCUUCGUUCGAAUGAUGUACGGCCGAGGUUGCGGAAUAAGGGGACCCAUGUAAUCCAUACGGGGGGGAACAGGGACUCGUAUUUUUUGUUGCCAUUGAUUCCGGCUGAGUGAGUGAGUGAGUGAG